AUGGAGGGUAAGAAUCAAACAACAUUGAAUGAGUUUGUCCUUGUUGGCUUUCCAUACGCCAAUAGUCUGAAGGAACCUUUAUUUAUCUUCUUCCUACUCAUCUAUUUAACGACACUCUUUGGCAAUCUUCUGAUCCUGUUGGUUGUGCUAUCUAAUCCCCAACUCCACAAGCCCAUGUACUGGUUCCUCUGCCAUUUGUCCUUUCUGGACAUGACAGUUUCCACUGUGAUUGUUCCCAAGGUCAUCGUUGGAUUUUUAGAAGGUGGGAGGAUCAUAUCCUUUGGAGGUUGUGUGUGUCAACUCUUCUUCUUCCAUUUUUUGGGUUGCACAGAAUGCUUCCUUUAUACACUGAUGGCUUAUGAUCGAUUUCUGGCUAUUUGCAAACCACUCCACUAUGGAAACCUCAUGAACCAUAGGACAUGUCUCUUCCUGGCUAUGGGCACCUGGAUUGGAGGAUGCCUUCACUCCGUGAUGGAGACAGCCCUUAUUUUUCGCUUGCCGUUUGGUCGGGAAAACAAGGUCAACUAUAUCUUCUGUGAUAUCCCCGCUGUGUUGAAGUUGGUCUCUAUUGACACAACACUCAAUGAGAUGGUAACCAUGGUGGAUGUUGGGCUGGUGGCCACCACAUGCUUCCUUCUGAUUUUGACUUCCUACAUGUACAUUGUCUCCACAAUUCUGAAGAUCCGCAGUGUCCAAGGUCGUAAACGGGCUUUCUCUACCUGUACUGCUCACAUAACCAUAGUGUUGACCUACUAUGUGCCUCUUGUCUUCAUCUACUUGAGACCAGGAUCUCAGGAUCCACUAGAUGGAGUGGUGGCUGUCUUCUACACCUCACUGACUCCACUUUUGAAUCCCAUUAUCUAUACAUUGAGAAACCAGGACAUAAAACGUGCCCUUGUCAACUUGUCUAGGAGAUCAUCCUAA